UCUUUUUGCAGAUGACCUAGUCAGAAGAUAAGGGGUUGUUACUUUUCAGAAAGAACUGAAAUUGUCAUUCUUUUCUCAUAUUUGUGACCAGUCCUCUGCAAAUAAGGUCUAGAUUUGAGGUUUGUAGCAAGAAACAAGCCAGACAUCUGCAGGGAGAGGAGGGCAGUGGUAAAUAACAAGUGUGGUGAUAGAAUCAUAGCAGUUACAAUUGUGACAGGCAUUCUGAUGCAACUAUCAAAUUGCAACAUUUGAAUAAUCACAUCAUGCAUUGUUUGAUAUCACUGCAGUUUGCUGCACAUAUCAGCUAAUGGCACCCAAGGCUUGCCCAGCCAUUUCCUUGGGUGCCCAUCUAGUUUUUAAAGAUUCUUUUAAAACUUCAUACAAUGCUACAGAUUGUCCUCGAUUUAGGAUUGAGCCCCAAAUUUCUGUUGCUCAGUGAAACAUUUGUUCAGUGAAUUUUGCCUCAUUUUGCGACCUUUCUUGCCACGGGCUAAGUGAAUCACUGCAGUUGUUAAAUUAGUAAAACAAUUGUUAAGUGAAUCUGGCUUCCCCAUUGACUUUGCUUGUCAGAAAGUCACAAAAACUGAUCACAUGGCCCCAGGUCACAAACAUGAGUCAAUUGCCAAGUGUCCGAAUUUUGAUCACAGGCUGCAACAGUUGUAAGUGCAUGUGAAAAAACAGCCCUAACUCAUGUUUUUCAGUGCCAUUGUAACUUUGAACAGUCAAGAAAGGAACGGUUAUAAAUCGAGGACUACCUGUAUAUGUUUCCCAUCUCCUUAUAGGACCUUGAAUGAAAGAGAGAACUGCGGUAGCCACCGCUUUUGACAACUUUAUCGACCCUUUGGGUUUCUUUCCCGGCUCAAAGGUGCUGCUGACAUUUAAAGGGGCUUUCAGGCUGGCUUCUCCUGCCAGCUGCUGUCUAAACCUGAAAAGCCGCAAAGGAAAGGAAACGAAAUGCUGCUUCCCACUUGGGGUCCGCCUUUAUCCGAUUGUCCGCUUUCUCUUCCACAUAUAAAAGCGACAGUGAUGGUCCUCGUUUAAAUAAAUAAAUAAAUAAAAAAGCAUUUAUGAUUCUAGACUUCACCACCGAACUUUAUAGGCAGCCCUUGACGUGCAGAAGAAACCAGGCAGGCUUAUAAAAAACUACACUUUCCAGAAAUCUACGGGAGUACUACGGGGAAACUACGUUACCCAGAAGGCCUCGCGAGGGGAAAAAAUAAUGAUAGCGAAACUACAAUUCCCGGAAGGCUUUUCAGGAACUUAACGCUGUCGUGGCGUUUCGGGGUUUCGGUGGGAAUGCCUGAAAGUGUUCCCCGUUUCCUCCUUGCCGCUGAGCGUGUGAACGGCGCUUUUCCGCGGCGCCGUGAGUCUCGGGGGAAGGACUCAUCUCGCCUGUCCUGUGACGAAUAAGGAUGAGGAGGGCUGGGCUGGGUGAAGGAGCUGCUGGCAGCAAUUAUGGUUAUACCAAUAGUGGCUAUAGUGUAUAUGAGGAAGAAAAUGAAAAGUUAACAGAAAGUUUGCGUUCAAAAGUCACCGCCAUAAAAUCUCUUUCCAUUGAAAUUGGAACAGAAGUUAAACAACAUAAUAAAUUAUUAACUGAAAUGGACAAUGAUUUUGAUUCAACAAGUGGAUUCCUUGGUGCAACAAUGGGCAGACUGAAAAUCCUCUCCAGAGGAAGCCAGACAAAACUGCUAUGCUACAUGAUGCUGUUCUCCUUGUUUGUCUUUUUUGUGAUUUAUUGGAUUAUUAAACUGAGGUGAUGCAGAUUAUAAGAUUAUUCACACCAUCUUGAAAACUUUUUUUUGAGAAAAUUGGUAAAUAAUUUUUGUAACUGGAUUUAGGAUUAAUGCAUUUGAAUCUCUUCUAUAAUUCUUAAAUCUUAUCAAGCUAGAAGUAUGGUCAUUUAAAAAAAAAAGUCGUUAUUUUGUAGUUUCCUGAACUGAAUUCUGUUCAAAUCUGAACUCUUUGUAAACAAAACAAAAGUUUACUAAGGAUGAGUUCUGUUACUGAAACAGGCAUUUUCCUAUUCAGAAAUUACACUAUAUAACAGUUGCUUUUUUUCCCUAGUAAUAAAAAUAAUCUUAGUAAUUUUGUAUAAAUUUAUUGAAUAUUUUUAAAAGCCAAAAUACUUCUUUUUAAAGCUAAGUUAAUUGAAGGGCUAUUGUUUUAGUAAAAUAUUUAAGCAUGUUCUGAAUGUGGUUUGCAGUUAAUUAUUUACUUUAAACUAUUUAAUAGUUUUGAGAUAUAGUUAUUAUGAGGGAAAAGAAAAGAAAUAUUGUUCACAAUCAACAUGGUUCUUUGCCCACAUGUCUGCUGGGAUUACAUUACUAUUAUAUUUAGGGUUAAUAGACAGUAAUUGGUAGUUUUAAUUUUACUAUACUAUAGUAGGCAGUUCGUGCAAUAUUCUAGGUAGGCAAAACAGUCGCAACUUGCUAUUAUAAUGUUUGAGGUUUCAUUUAAUGUAAUAGUGAAAUAAGUGUUUGUGGGGGGGUUUUGAAAUAAGGAAUUUAGGGGUUAGAGUUCCCUUAAAUUAAAAGAUGAAAGGGAUCCACAUAUAUUAAAUCCCCAUUAAAUAAAUGGUCUAUUUUAUUAGAUAUUGAUAUAUCCCUAGUAGCAAUGUCACUGUUUAAUUUGUAGGCAGAGUAUUAUCUUCCAGAAUAUGGAAUCUGACAGUAUGUGACAUUUAAAAUAUGGGUGACAUUUAUAAACUUCCUAGAAGAGAAAUAAAUUUUGAUGAUGAGAAUAGAACCUCAGUUUUUAUUCUUUGAAAAAAAGUUCUGUCUCUAUAAAGAAUACUUAUCUCAUAUGUAGAUUUCUUCACAGCAGAAGUUUCAAUAAAUGUCUUUUAACUUGCAAUUCAACAGCAAUAGCAACAGUAUUUAGAUUUACUGUAUUUUUUGGAGUAUAAGACACACCUUAGUUUUUGGGGAGGAAAAUAAGAAAAAAACUGAUUGGCAGGUGGAUCUGCCUCCCGGAAUACCCCCAUCAGCUGUUCCAGAAGUGAAUUUUAGCAACAGGUUCCUUGGUUGUGAGCUCUGUGCCUUGUUUUGGUUUUUUUUGGCUAUUUUUUUCUGCCUCUGAAACUCACUUUCAGAAAAAACUUUUUUUUAAUGCCUCUGAAAGCCUCUGAAACCACUUCAGAAUAAAAGCCUCUGAAGCUCUGUUGGGAGACUUUUUUUCUGAAGCUGUUUGGGGCCUUUUUUUCUGAAGCUUCUUUUCUGAUGCUUUUUUCCAGCCUCUGACCUUGGUUUGAGAAGCUGGGUGGGGCUACAUUUGGAGUAUAAGACGCACCCAGAUUUUCAUCCUCUUUUUUUUGGAAAAAUGGUGCGUUUUAUACUUUGAAAAAUACGGUAUAUACCACUCCAUUGUGUUUUACAGCACUUUCUGAGAAGUUUACAAAUAUCAUAUUGCCCCCAACAAUCUGGGUCCUCAUUUUACCAACCUUGGAAGGAUGAAAGGCUGAGUCAACCUUGAAUUGGUCAGGAUCAAAUUCUUGGCUGUGGGCAAUACUGCAUUUCAACCCUUGCAUCACCACAACUUUUAAAAUUAAGGCAUGGGUGUCAAACUCACAUCAUUACGACAGUAUCAUAUCAGGACUUUUCCCCCCUUCGUUAAACCAUGUGUGGACAUGGCCAGCACAUGAUGCAUCUGGCCUGUGGGCCAGGAGUUUGACAGCCCUGAGUUAAGUUGUUGGAAUAGUGUGGAAGCCUGAAUUUUAGCUCUGCUUUACACAUGGUAGGCAGCUGGUUGAUUUUAAGCCAGUCACUAACUUUCAGCCCUAGAAAGAAGGCCCUGACAAACCAAUUCCGAAAUGUUUCCAAGAAAAGUCAGUAGAUUUAUCCAACCGGAUGCCAAUAGUCAAAUCUGAUUUGGGAGUAGUGUCUAUUUAAUUCUCUAUAGUAAAUACUUUAUACUAUUUUUGUAAGUUCACAGAGGCUUAUUUUUAACACACAUCUGCAAAUUUAAGAUUUGGAGUUGGAAGAUAUAACAGUGGAUUUCCCCCCCAGUGUUCAACAUAUUAACUUGCUAGAGGUAAUAGACCUACCUAUUAACAAAAUGACUUCAAGUGUUGUGUUAAGCUUUUUCUAAGUGUUGUAGUAAGCUUCUUUUGUAUGCAGAAAGUUUUUUGAAAAUAUAGGUAAAUAAUUUUUAAUAAGUUAGAUUCUGAUUAAAACUCCACUGAGAAUCUUCAGCAUUUGAUAAGUUUGAUAAUGCAAAUCCAAUUGCUAUGUAGCUAGGAUCCCAUUAAAAGUGCUAAAGGGAGGAUUCUACUCACCAACAAUUUCAAUUGCAGCAUGUAGUGUCAUGCUUUUAUCUUGCUUCAUUUAUAUGUAUUUUAUACUGACAAAUUGUCCAAUUGAAAUGAUUUUUUAAAAUUAAUAGAAUAAUUCAUGAUUUGUAUUUUAUUCCAAUCAUAUAUAAAUGCUUCCAUUAUAAAAAUUAUAUGCUAU